AUGACUUCUCAAAUAUCGCUUUCCGAAAUGCGGGCGGCCCAACACCGCACCGCCGCUUUUCUGCACCGUACUGCGAUAGUUUCGAGCGAGAAAAUCGAUAGUUUGAUUGGCGGUGGAGCGCAUUUGCUGUUCAAGUGCGAACAUUUACAAAAGACGGGCAGUUUCAAGGCGCGCGGCGCGCUCAAUUCGGCCAUUCUGGCAAAAGAGCACGGAGCGAAAGGAGUGGUGAGUUCGCUAGGCCACAGUUUUUGAGCGGCAUAGUGGAAAAUACGCAAAACUUGACCAGAUUCGUCGACAAUGUUCAAAAUUCAUGUAAAACGUCGACAAUUACAGAUCGCCCACUCGUCAGGAAAUCACGGGCAAGCGCUCGCGUGGGCGGCUCAAAAAAUCGGGCUCCCCUGUACAAUUGUGGUCCCAAAAAAUGCGCCCACCUCGAAAAUCGAGGGAAUGAACGAGUACGGUGCGCAGUUGGUGUUCUGCGAGCCGACCGUCAAAGACAGGUGACCGAACUUUCGCUUUUGGUGGCCUAACUCUUCGUUUUCUGUUUUUAGAGAGUCGGUUUGCGCGGAGUUGGCCCAAAAACUCGACUAUUUCACUGUGGAACCGUUCAAUUUCGCCGCAAUGGUCAACGGACAUGUGAGUGGGGGAUAACUGUAGCUCGGAAAGUGUGCAAACACCGUUAUUGCGUACCAGACAUCUGAUUCUACGAUAUUUUAGGCCUCAAUCGCUAUGGAGAUUCUGGAUGAGGUUGGCGCGGAAAUCGAUUCGAUAUUUUUGUCGGUGGGCGGUGGAGGACUCGCCUCGGCAGUGGCUUUUUUGGUCGGAAAUUUGAGACCCGAUAUUGAAGGUUGGAGCUUAUUUGAACGAAUAAUGGACUGGAAGAGUUCAACGCAAAAAUUAUGCUGUAUAUUCAAAUCGAUGUAUCUCAGCUGGGGAUAAAGAUAUCGAAAAGUUGUCAACAACAAAAAUGUUCACCAACAAAUUUGCUACAUUUUUACAGUUGACCACUUUUUGAUAUCUCCACAGACAACCGAGAUACAUCCUCUUUUCUCCAGUAUACCUUGUGGAGCCCGAACAAAAAGAGCUGUCGAACCUGCUGGAACACUCGAUUCCGUGCGCGACCGACACGUUGAACACAAUUGCCGACGGGGUCCGAGUGGCGAGAGUCGGAUCGCUUUGCGAGCCCAUCAUCAAACAGUAUUGCACCAGAAAAGUUAUUAGUGUGGUAGGCGAUUGAAAACGAAAAACAUUUUAGCACGGCGACCAAAAGUGUAGAAAGGGGGGCGUGGCCUAAUCUGAGACGCGUUUUCGGAAAAUUGCCGCAAUUCCAGCACUUUUCCGAUAUUUUUGUGUUUGAUAUCGACAAAAGAAGAGGCAUUAAAGAGAGAAAACAUCGAAAUUUUCGUGAAAACGCCGCGUUUGAGACGUUUUUGGCAAAUUUCGCAAUUCGGAAUUUUCAUACCGGCCGAUGUGGAUAGUUUUGAGACGAAGUGAGUGUCGGAAGUGAUGAAGCACGUUAAUUCAAGUAUUUUAAGCAUUCAAACGGCAAAAAGUAUGGGCGAAUGACUGAAAUUCGCGCAUUUUCAGCACAAAACUUGAAAAUCGAUUCAAUUGAUUAAUUUCUGAAUGAAACCUGCUCGUUUUAAGCUAAAAAGUGUGCGAUGAUUAGUUUAACAAAGUUAUGCAACUACAUCGUCGAAAUCGUACAAAAUUUGGGUAAUUUUUGACAAAAAACAUGAAAAAUAGGGUUAAAUUUCGAUGGUGAUAAACCGUGCAGGCCACGCCCCUUUCUACGUUUUUGGUCGCCGUGGCAUAGUUUAUUAUAGAAAGAACGCGAGAUAAAGGAGGCGCUGAAGCUAGUGUGGACUCGUUUAAAAGUGAGAAACUCUAUUUUUAGGCCAGUCAACAAAAGUGAAUUGAUUUUCAGCAACGUGUGGAACCGACGGCCGCACUCGCAGUCGCCGGAGUUUUGUACCACAAACCGGAGCAUGUGAAGCGUCCGUUGGUGAUUUUGUGCGGAGGAAAUGUGGACACCGACUUUAUUAUCGACUAA